AUGCAAUCGUUGCAGGCAAGUGAUGCCUCCGUUAACAUUUAUCUCUUCCAGAUCCUAGAUAUGAGUCACAAUAAACUGCGCAGUUUGCCAACUGAGCUGGGAGGCGUGCGGAGUCUAAGAACACUCAAUUUCGAGGGUAUGUUGGCUCUGUCGUUUUCCCUGCAUAAAUUCUUUUCUCAGUAUAUGAUGCCGAUCGCAGUAACCCCAGCGCGGUCUUCACCAAUGUGGCGGAGGUUUCAGCCUUCGAUGUGCGGCCCUCGACGAUGGCCACACUUCGGAGAUAAGUCUUCGAUCAAUAAGUAUUACAAACAACAACAAGGGACACUAUAAAUGGCCGUUUUUGGCGUAUUUGCCACCGCCUGUCAGUCAAAACAUAAACCCCAGGCUCUGGACCUGAGACGAGUUAGUCAUUAUGCAAGGUGAUCUACCACUGCUCCACCCCCCGCUUGCCACACACGUGUCUGAUCCUAUUUUGGUUUGAGGAAAAAGCGUGGUUUUCGGGCAGGACUGGUCGAUUUGUCAGAUCAGUGUCCAACCAAACCUGAAGGUAUUAGGACUCUGUGUUCCAUGGCUGCCUGUUCGUCAGACCCAAGAGUCUACUUGCCUCUCGGCCAGUCAUUACCGAAGAUUUUUCCACUAUCAGCUCCAGCUUAGCUGCACAUGGGCUGACAGGUAGACCCCAUACUUCGAGAGUUCUCAUUACCUCAGAGCGUUGAUGCGUGGUAUGAUGGCGACACCAGGAGACAAAGUGGACAGUUUUGGUCCCGACCGACUUUUAUUUAUACUUUGGGAUUGAGUUGCCGUACUGACAGCACAGUUACUAGCUAAAGGCCUGAACAUUUGUUUCUCUGAUUUUAUGGUGCUGCAUGAAAACAGCAAGGGACUCGACUCAUCAAUGAGUCUCCCAGCGUUUAUAUUUGGUUCCUGGCAUAUGAAUACUUACAGUAGGUGUGUUAACUCACGAAAUGUUAACCGAAAUUCUGAAAUGCGUUUUUGUUUCGAAAAGAUUACAUAAGUAGAGUUUCAAUAUUACUCAUCGUAUAACAUAAUUCUACACUCGGGAUGCCGGCUUCUGAAUGAACUUCUUUUCGGCCUCCUGCAAAACCCACACUCAGUAAAAUGGCUGCUUUAGUAGCAUGAAUUUUUCUCAUUGAUUUUCGAUGCCCUUAAAAAUCCAAUUACAUUUCCUGGAAAACAUGCAUAAAAAUAUGCAUUCUUUAACCCAUUCGGUAGAACAUUACGUCCUCCAGUUCUAUACUCGAGGAAAGCAUAUAAUUCGGUUGUAAAACGUUUCUAAUUAUAAGAUUUUUUAAUAUCGUGCAAUGUCCGUUCAUAAAACAUUGUGUCUCUGCAUUUGUUAAUGCUGCUUCUGAAGUUUAUAGUCUGUAUUAAAUCCACUGCUAAAUUUUGUGAAACCUAUACAGUCUUCUCUUAAUACCAUAGAGAGAUGUAUGGUUUUCCGUAUGCGGACAAUAGACGGCUUGUAGUUUGGAAGUCCUGAAUGCAAGUGUAACGACAGGCCGGGCUCGAAAUCAAUCGAGAAUUGAAAAAGUUUUUUUGAGUACAAAGUUAAAAGGAAACGUAGUUUUCUACCAAGUGAGUAAAAGAAUGAAUAUUUUUAUGCAUGUUUUCCAUGAAAUAUAAUUGGAUUUUUAAGGGCAUCGAAAAUCAGUGAGAAACAUUCGUGCUACUUAAGCAGCCAUUUUUUCAGAGUGUGGUUUUUGCAAGAGACCGGAAAGAAGUUCAUUCAGAAUCCGGCAUCCCGAGGGAACUGAAUUGUUAUAUAUUUAUCCUGUACGAUUAUUUAGUUCACAACCCCAUUUAAGUAAUCUUUUCGAAACGAAAACGCAUUUCAAAAUUUCGGUUAAAAUUUCAUGAACUAGCACACCUUCUGUAGUUUUUUUUCCAUUUUUAGUUGACCGAUUUAGCUGGAGAGUACUCCGUGAGCUGGGAGGGCAUUUCUCGACGAAUUCGGCCAGAUUUGGUGAUUUAUCAGACUCCCAAACCUUAUUCGUUUGUUCAGUGUCCAAGCAAGUCAGAAAGAUUUGCUGUCUGCUGUCUUUGAAAGCUGCCACCAAUGAAACUUGUUUACUUCCGAAUAUCGAUAUUACAAGAUUAUACGCGGUCGAAAUUUGGCCUUUGGUUUGUCAGGUUGCAUCACGCGUUCCCCAGAGAGUUAAAUACCGGGGGUCGAUACGACCGCCGUUUUGGUGCCGAGCGUUGGACUUUGAUAUUUCUGAUACCUCGUUUCCAUGUCAGCAGCGGUAGGGGCAUGCAUAUCUCGUGUACUAGGGAAGCAUGCCCGGUGCUUGAUGGGGAAACCAGGUCACGUGUGUGGCACACGCGGACGAGCUGCGUAGCCACUGCCUCCUCCCCCCCCCCCGGAACCUGCCUCUGGUCGUCUUGAUUUGGUCUUGUCGUCGGAGCGAGGAGUUUGGGGGCGGGAGAAGGCGCGGUAGAUGCUGUGCAAGUGUGCCCUACCAUAAACUUAUGCACGCGCAAGUCACCGUGCCGGCUGGGCCCGCUCUGUGUGUCAACAGUGAACAUCCUCGCUUGCGCCGGCCGAGCUGUCAUCCAACGUCAUUGAUGCUUAAGUCAGUGUUGCAGUGCGUCGAAGUGCUGCCAUUUGUACUGCAUUUGCGAAUGACGUUCUCCCUAUUCCACACAAAUUGUUGCCUCCUCAGUUUCUUUACUUCUUUUCUGAUGUAGACAAUUCGUUGUCCAGUCUGCCGGAUUCCCUCGGCGAUCUCGAAAAUCUGCAUGAACUCUAUCUGGACAAAAAUCCCCUGCAAACCCUGCCUGUCCGUCUAGGAUGCCUCCGGAAGUUAAAGAAAUUGACCGUUCCCCUCGACUCCCUCUUGACUCCUCAAAGAGGUAGGACUGCAUUGUGCAUUAAAUAGCUUUAACUGCACUCUAACGUCAAGCGAGUGUUUUGUGUCCUUCCCCUGUUAAGAUCACCUCAACACUCCGUCAUGUCGUGUGUACUUUUAUGCUGCUCUCCCGUUAUUCACAUGUUCAGGUCACUAAGGCAAACGUUCUCCUACGCGCCCACGCGCAGACCGUCUUAGUUGUCUGUCGUCCCAACCGCCGCGCAGAACGUGGACUGCAUCAGCACUUAUGCUCGUGUAUUCGCGUUUGCAGCAGUCGGCCGGUUUCCCCAACGUAGUUGCACAUACAGCAGCUGCACUGAAGCCGGCAGACAAGGGCCGACAUCUCCUGCUUAGGGAUCGGGUCUUUUGGCCACAUCACUUGCCGGCGGAUUGUGGAGUCGGGCCUGUGGGCAACGCCUAUUCCGAGCGGCGCGAGGGAUCUAGUCACGGCUUCGGAGACCCCUUUCAUGCAUGGUAUAGCGUGCGGACACAGUUUCGUUUGUGUUACAGUGGGUGGUUGCUGCUGUAACUGCGCAUUUGUAACCUCCUUUAAUUUUGAUAUGCCACCUGGGAAUCGCAUUUUCACUACUAUUGACGGGGAAUGAGUCAGCAGUCUGACAGGCUGAUUUCUUGAAUGAUAUCGGCAAUACCAACACCAAUUGAUAGUCAUCGUCAAGGAAAAAGGCGAGAAAUACAGGGCGUGUAUCUAUUGCGCCCCCCCCCCCCACCCGUGAGCCCCGAGUGCCGCAUGUUUUGUACCGGACAGCCGAUGUGCGCUUGUACACAAGUUCCUCGUGCCCAGCAGGCAGUUUCUGCUGCCCUUUGAAGGGCAUCUGGGUGUGCGUAAAGUCGGCCACCGGAUCAAUCAGACGCGCGCUGUUUGCGUCAAUCGACCGUAUCCAUCGAAGUGUACAUGAGGGCGGUAGGAAAAGUAAGCCUUAUUCGAAAUACUCGUUUCUCCGCGGAUGCUAUAUGUGACUCGUGCUCUCAAAAAUUACAGUCGGUGGCGUAACUUAAGUAGUGUCAACUGAAAUCCUGAAAUGUGAUUCCGGUUGGAGAGCUUUACUUAAGUGAGGUUAUAAUGUCGGUUAUCAUGCAGCAUAAUCCCAUGAUCAUUCAACCACAGCCGGAUGCCGAUUUUGAAUGUGCGUCUUUCCGGAUGCGUGCGGAAAUUUUCUCUAGCAAAAAAUAAAUGCUUAAGUAGCAUGAUUUUCCGAUUGUUUUUUUGAUGCUCUUAUAAAGCAAAGUAUACUAUAUUGAGAACAUUCACAAAAUAAUAUCCCUUCCUGUACUCACUUUUUUGGUCAAUUAUCUCGUCAAUUUCCUGCGCGAAGAAGGGAUCGCUUUCAAAUUUUAAAAAAAUUUCCAAGAAAGAGAUUUUAGGAAUCGUGAAAUGUGUUUUCAAAUGGCAAUGACAUCGUGUCUGUCCGUUUAUUAAUGCUGAUUAUGAAGUAUACACCAUGAUUCACGUCCACUGCUAAAUUAUACGUGUCAUAUACGGUGUUAGUAUUCUUUAGAUUUUUCUUGAUUCAGUGCUAGUUUAUUCACCGGAAUAGACGCACCCGAGGUCAAAGCUAUGUCAGAAGACAGUCGAGAUAACUCGGAUAUUCUUUGUGAUUCUAUAGUAAUAAAUAGCAAGAUUAGCGGAGCACGAUAAAGUUAAUAAGGUGGGGAAUAAAUUGAAAAGCAGACGUAAGUUCGAGGUGCUUAGACGAGCAGUCAGCAAAUGACACCAGAGGGUGCUGGUCGAUUUAAAAGCGAGCGACGACAAAGAACAAUGAACAAUGAACGACGGGGACCGACUAGUAGGGAUGCAGAGACAAUGACAGGGUGGAAUGAGUAAAGUCUGGUUACUAACAAGCGGUUAGUAGCAAAUAAAAACAAGAAUACGCAAUCGACAUCAGGGAUGGCACAUACGGUACCCUAGUAAUAGUGUGUAAUUUUUUUUAAAUGGAAAGUGUGCAGCUUAUCGUAUGGAAGCCCGAGACGCAAGCGCAACGGCAGUUCGAGUUUGAAGCUUUUCGGGAAUCGGACCACUUUUUAAAUCUGUAAGGUAUCAGUCCGUCGAGUAAAAAGAUUUAAGAGGGCGAAAUUGAAUGCCAAACCAAUAAAAGUGUAUGCAUGCUUUACGCGACAUAUGUGUGGAUUUACCCGAAAGACCAAAAUCGAUGAGAAAAUUCAUACUAGUCAAGUAUUCUUUCUUUGACAAGUUCGAUAUUUAUAAACGGUAGGUAAGAUGCACGCUCAAAAACUGACAUCUUGCUGUGAUUGAAAUAUAGGAUUAAGCUAUAUGAUAAUCAAUAUUUAAACUUCAUUUAAAUUACCCUACCUACCGUAUGCAUUGCCUAAGUUCAAAGGUUAAACACCUAUAUUUCCCUCAAAUAAACUGAAAACUGAACUAAAAGUAGUUGGUCAGUUGUUUUACGUCUUACGCUUCGAAUUUCUCUGUCCGAUUGGGUCAUCAGUCGGGAGCACAGGCCGUCAACAACCCGAUUGACGUGAAUCGAUCAUGCGUCCCGUUGGAGAUGCCAUCUCUCCUUAACUCGAUCGGGCUGACUAACAUCGGCGUCGAAGUGGCCAACUGAAGAGGUGGAUCGGCGUUGAGAAAGUGGCGCUCGAGCUCAUCUCUGGGUCCCUGGUUUUCCUUGGGAUUGGGAUGUUUACCAAUUCAAAUUGACCUCCUCAGCUGUCCCUGACCGACUAAAAUGGAAGGCGAUCGUUCACAAUGCACUGAACUUACAUCUUGAAGUCGAUUGCGGGUGUGAAAUUGUGAAUGCCGUCACGAGUUUAGCCACUUGGCUCGAGUACAGAUUGACCUUGAAUUUCCUACAGCAGACGAACUACUUUUUACGUCCACCUCAACUGCACUUCCACGAAUAUUUUUUCUCCGCACGUGCAUUGACAGGAUUGCGCGGACCUCUGAAGUCCUAUUGCUUAUCUUUCUAUAAGAUCUUUUUCAUACCUCUUUGUAGACGUGUGUGAGGGCGGAAUCUCCUCUAUCCUCUCCUUCCUUCGUCGGGGUAAUUUUGCCAUCUGAACCCAAUCAAUUAUUCAUCACCAUUGUUUCCUGUUGUUUCUUGCGUAAAUUUAGGUUAGUGGUGACCUUGUCAAAACAGGUCUCCUUCACCGCCUGUAGUCUUAUGGUCGCCGGUUGCACGAGCCUCUGCGCCACUGCAGCCAUGUCACUUCCCUAUCUGGGGCAUUUUGUUUUUCAUUCUGGCUCUCCAGACUGUCACCUAGUCGAUAAAACUGGCAAGGCUAGUUUGAUCCUUCUUACCAGCUUCGCACAGUAAGUCUCCGUACUUCACUCCCUGAUGCAUACUGAAUCGCCAAUCCGCCAGGUUAGCUGCAGGUGUUUGGACACAAAAAGCAGACAACAUCUGGUUUCUUUGGAAGCAGGGUUUGUCCGUCGCCUACCUCUGAGCCCUCUUCUGAUCGCACGCAAAUUGGUUUGGGCUGGUACUGUGACUAAAAGUGCUUUAAAGAGACCUGAAAGGCAGGACUUUGGAACAUUUUUGGAUGAAAGUCGAAUUUAAAUGGUUGCAAGUUGGGGGACGUUCGUUUUACGAGCUCCGGUAUACCAGUCCAGCUUCCGCGGCCUCUACAAUUCUCGCAAAUGCCCGUACGACUCAGCCAAACGCUGUUGGCCUUUUGAAAACGAAACUUACUUUCUUCACGCAGGUAAAACAAAGAAAGGUAGCAAACCGACGCCGCACUUACUUUACUUUCACCGUGUUUUGAUUUUUUUCAUUAGGCAGGUGAGGCAAUCAUCUGUCCUGUGAGUAUGCUUAUGAACUAACAAGCAUUUGACCCAGAAGAUAAUUGGUAAACUAGCGAAUUCUCGUAUCGUUUAGAUAGAUUUCUGAAUCCCGAGUAGUCUGGGAUGUUUUCAGCCCGCUACGUUUGAGGAGCCGGUCAGUUACUUAAAUCAAGUUGAUACAGUUGCGGUCUUUGUGACAACUGUUGUCCUUUUGGUUAGAUCGCAGUUAGUAGCCAGGAAUUGGGAGGCGGAUAGCCAAGUCCCUGUCGUACGGGAAUGGUUGGAAAGGGGGUUAUAUGGGUGGGGUAAAUGGACGGGCUGGUAGAGGAAUGCUCGAGUUUCUGGGUAAAAGUAAAGUUACCAGGGAAAGUGAUGGGAAGUUUUAAGUAGGUGGAAUAAUGGCAGAAAUUUAAACCCUACGCUCGACCCUAAAAUCCAACCCUGACCGCAACCCUAAAGGCCAACCCAAAGCCUCAAAACCGAAACGUAACCAGAAUACUAAAUCCCAACGCUAACCAGGAACCUAGCCAAAACCCUAACUCAAACCUUGACCCUAACUCUAAACUUAAUCCUUACCCUAACCUUAACCGUACCCCUAACCUUAAGCUUAACCCUAACCUCAAACCUAACCCUAACGGGAACCUAAGCCCUAACCUUAACACCGAAACGUAACCCUAAAACACAAACCCUAAUCCUAAAACUUAAACUACGCCUAACCCUUACCCUCACUAAACCCAACAGCCUGGCCGAAACGGGCGACCUGCCUAUCUCUGUAAGAGAACACAUUCUGAUGACAAGUUGCCUAGACAAGGUAAGCACACCUACUGAUAACAAGUACGUACGUCGACAAUAUCAACGUAUAAUGUCUGGCUACCAACUGCGAUCUUACCGUCCUUUUUCCCUGAUGUGGAAAGGAGUGUGGAUAUCGCCUUGUACAGCCGUUUGCCUUGAUUGUCGUUUGCUCGUCAAUCUCAUUCAAACGAAUCCACCGAUGGGCGCGCCGUCUAUCAGUUCACACCCUAUCGACUCGAUUCGUCAUGUUUUUAUCAGUCCUGAUGCCUUAUGUGCAAGUUGACCCAUUUUCUCUACUGCUGUAUUCCCCUCAGCUGGAAACAUCCCCGACAAAGUUGAGUCGAAGAUUGACGAACCUGAGUCUCGAUCCCCAUCACUGUCAAUUUCAACUUCUGACGAUCCCUUAGACGUAAGUAUGCACCAUUGGCCGAUAAAGUGAACCACUUCACCUUAUCUCUGCAUGCUGUCGCUUAGGUAUGCGGUUUAUUUUUUUUCGAUUAUUCCAUGCAUUCGAGAGAGCCAGCCUGACUGGGUGCUCAUUCCUGGUUAUCUGAGAAUUCUCCGAACAUGCUUUACGGGACUGAAAUCGGACGUAGAUGGUCAUGGGAGGCAUCUGAUGUCUUGAGGGCUUUUCAACGCUUGAAGAGUGCGGGAUCGACGAGCCAGUGCGUAUUCGCUGUGUAAAGCUGGUUCAGUCUGGCCUGAGCUAUCGGGGAGACAGAUGCAAUCGCUGUAACUCCACGUGGCAUAACGUUCGCAGUGGGAAAAGCUGACUACUUAUCCCUCAACUCAGGACAGCUGCUUAAACAUGAUGGAAUCUCUAUCACCACGAACAGUCAAGAUACUCAUCGACAUCCAAGCCCCGACCAGUUUCUCAAUCCUUCUCAGUCUAGGCCGUGACUCAUCAUGGGAAAACUACUGCAGAAAUUCAAACUUAUUGUUUGGGGUGAAUGCACAAUGGCACACAAAAACGCUCGAGGCCCUUGACCGAUCAUUGCGAGAUUUGCUUGGAAACAGCAGACCAUUUGGAGACGCAUUGCUACUGUUUGCAGGAGACUCGGGCAAACACUGCCUGUAAUUCCUCGAUCGACACCAGCCGACGAAAGAAAUGCCUGCCUGACAUACUCUACGUGGUGGCGCCACCUCCAGACGUUAAAAUUAACUACGGAUAUGCGUGUCCGACUGCAAAACGACUGAACAGCUGAGAUAUUCUCACACCAAUUGCUGGCAGUUGGAAACGGACCGGUGCCGGUUGAUCCGACACCAGGACGCAUUUCACUACCUCCUACAUUAGGCAGUUUAGUGCCGUCAAAAUAAGAAUAGGUUACAAAGAUACUUCCCAAUAUUCAAACCAAUUAUACGAAUCACGAUUGCAUACGCGAACGAGCGAUUCUUGCGGCCAAGAACAAAGAAGUCUACCUACGUAACCAUACUAUUCAGUCUAAGGUUCAAGGCGGGGCAGUUCCCAUGCAUGUCCGUCGACACUGUUGUGGAAACAGACGAGGCAGUUAAUUGUCACACAGAAAUUUUUAAUUCGUUUGAUCUGCCAAGGACGACGGCGCGGUUACUGUAAUUGAAAAUCGAUUUUCCGGUUAUCUUACCGCGAGAAAUCAACCAGCCGAAGCUUACCAACGGCACGCGACUUGCAGUAAAACCAUUAGUGAACAACGUAUGGGAGCCAAUAUCUCGACAGGACCUUUUAAAGGACAGCAUAUCCUUAUCCCUCGCAUUCCUAUGAUUCCAACUGACAUGCCAUUUCGAUUUAGAAUGCUGCAUUUCCUGGCGUUUGCAUUCACGAUCAGCAAAGCUCAGGGCCAGUCCUUAGAAUUGUGCGGUUUAGGAUCUGCAAACGGAUUGCUUCUCACAUAGCCAAUUAUACGUUGCGUGUCCCCGAGUCGGCAAAGCGGACAAUAUUUGUGUCUGCACAGACAACGCAACGGCAAAAAUAUCUUAUACCCACAAUAAUUAUGCAUAUAAACAUCUCAGAAACGUGUCCCCUUCCGCUUUUCUUUCUUUCGCAUUUCGUCAGACUGAGCCACAGCAACGCUUGUCGGGGUCCAGCUAGUACUCCAUAAAAAUGACUACUGAAGUAGCAUGCAUUUUUUCAUUGAUUUUCGAUGCCCUUAAAAUUUGGCCAUACUAUAUAAAAGACACGCAUAAAAAUAUUCAUUCUUUUUCUCGUUCAGUAGAAAAUGGCGUCUUCGUUUAAUUUUGCAUUCGAAGGAAGGGUAUAAUUUAGUUCUAUAAAACUUUUCCAAUUGCCGAAUUAUGUUGAACCCAACCUCCGGUUACAAAUGCAUUCAGGGUUCCCAAACUACAAGCCGUAUAAUUUCCGCGUACGGAAAACCAUGCAGAUCUCUAAGGUAAUAAAGAAGGACCAUAUAGGGUUCAUAAAAUUAAGCAGUGGAUUUGAGCCACAUCGUUAACUUUACAAGUCACAUUGGUAAGUGCAGGGACAUGACGUUUUAUGAAGGGCCAUUUCAAGGUAUUUAAAAAAUCCCACAAUUAGAAACUUUUUUUAAAACCCAAUUAUACCCUUCUUUCUAGUGUAAAAUUGAAAGAAGACGUAGCUUUCUACUAAAUGAGCAAAAGAGUGAAUAUUUUUUGUGCAUAUUUCCCAUGAAGUAUAAUUGAAUCUUUAAGGGCAUCGAAAAUCAGUGAAAAAAUGCAUGCUAAGUCAUUUUUUACGGAAUAUGGUUAUUGGAUGCAGCCGAAAAGAAGUUUUUUUGAAAGCCGGCGUUCUGGGGUAACUGAAUUAUCAUAGAAUUAUGCUGCACGAUGAUUAGUUUUACAACCCUAGUUAAUUAAUCUUUUCGAAACGGAAACGCAUUUUGGAAUUUCGGUUGACAUUUCAUGAGUUAGCCCACCUACUGAGGUCGGUGGCGCGCCUAGGCUCUGGCCCACGCCUCGCCGGCCACCUGCACCCGAUGUCACCUCUAGUCUUCUCGCUUCGGUCACGAUACCGGGCCCAGAAAAGUGAGGGGGAAGAGAAUGUGGUGGACGCAGCCCAAGUGUACUAUCACUACAAACUAAUUCACGUGCAAGUCACCGUCCCUGUUCCUACACUGUUGUGGGGCACACGGUGGGCCUCCUCGGGAACGACGGUCGAAAGAUUGACUCCGCCACUGGAAACAGACUCACCUCCCCCCACCUAACCAAUUACCGAAUCCAAGCAAAAUCUCGGUACUGAAUAGGGGGCGGGAAAAAAAUCAUUGCGAUUGUGGGUGAACUGGGGGCCGCAGAAACGGGACUGAAACGGCUUGUGACUCAUGCGGUUGCCGCGCUUACGGGGAUUUCAGCCUCAUCGAAGCUGAGAGUACAGCGGAGUCCUGUCAGAUGGCGUUUUUCCCUCCCAUCGCUGAUGUGUCUCCGGAGUAAUCUUCGUGUUCCUCCUGCACAGUUGUUCCACCCUCAACUGCGCCAGACUGCCGAACGACUCCAGUCGCCGUCAGUGGUGUUUCUUAUGAUGUCUCUCCACGCGUGAGGACUUGCCGGGGGGUGGAUCUGCUGGACUCGUCGCACUCAGCUUAGACCAGAUAAACUUUUCCCCAAAAACCAUCUCCAUGCCUCAACAGGGCACGGCAAGCCACCUUUGAACUGACCUGUUCGUCACCUCUGAUGAGACGACAACAAUUCCUGCUACGCUCGCCAGUUAACGCGCCCAAAAUAAUCUUGGCCGAACUUCUUUGGUGGCACGAAAUAUCUUUGCAGGGGUUUCGCAGCACGUGUCAGAGGAAGCCUGUAUACUUCACCCUGGGUCCUUUUCAGGCAAAGGUGGGCGAAAACCCCCGAUGUUCUCCUUUCACAGCCGUAGAGGAGAUCUGAUUAGGAAAAUGCCCUCUACACGUGGAUCGCAGUUGCCGCUGAGAAAUCGCUACGAGUCCAUUGAGACCUUCGAAAGCCCACAGAAACCCAUCAGCCGCCAUCUACUCGAGCCAUUCUUCAUUCAUCAUUCUGUCCUUCUGGCAACAACUUUGUGCCGAGCUAGUUGAAUUUUCUGAACAUCUACCUUCUGCAAGUCUUGUUCCAACUAUGCAUAAAAGGGGCACUGUCUAGCUCGAUCUCUAAUUAUUAUACGAUGCAACCGAAGUAAUCCAAACAACAGGUCAUGUUUGGACUUCGUAGCCCUAGCCUUGCUAAUGGUUUCCGACUGACCUACUAUCUGACUGUGGAGGGGGGGGGGAGGGAGGGAAACCGGUCAUUCGGAAUGUAUUUAUCUUUUUCAUAGAACCCGGCUGGCUAAUUUUACUCGAAUACGGCUAGCAGCACAGGUAAAGGUAAGUUGAAUAACUGGCGAUAUGCGUUGAGGUCAGUGUUCUGACGUAUUCGGAGCCGUCAGAAGAGUCCCAUCCUAGUUCCGCAUGUGCACCGACGGUUGUUAGAGUUGUUGAACAAGAAGCUAUCGAUGCGGGCGUUUAGCGUCUAAUUGACCACUGGGGAGGAGGGCAUGAGCGGUUACAGGGGCGGAGUCGAGGUUGGUGACGAAGUAAUGCCUGCUGUAGUUGGUGGCAGCUUACGUGAACUCGGGUUUCGCAGUUGUGACACCGAACAGUCCAUAUUUUUUCAUCAAUAGACGCUGCAGGUAUAGGCAAGCCAGGCUGGUUCGCCCGUUGUUAGGUCGGUUUCUGGGGGGUUGGUAUUGCGUAGCUUCUUAGAUUGGGAUGUUCUGACUCGCGGGGGUAGCCUCGACCAAUAUACCCACUUAUCUGCGUCGAAAGGGACUUUUGCCCGCAAGCUGAUAGCAUAGUAGUCAUUUGAACUGCUGGUUUGACUCGCAAGCCAGUUCGUGAUUCUGCAUUGAGGGCGUGUGGAACACGCGUUGUUGUUGUCCUCAUGUUAGACUUUGAUCUGUACCAGGUGUUAUUACUCUUUUUCUUGCCUUCCCGCUGCCAGACUGCGGACUCCGCCUUCUACGCGCAUCAAAUGGCUGUGAAACGACGCCACAAUGAGAAUUUACACAAAGAACUGGUGGCUGCCCAGAGGGCGGAGGCGCUCGCCGCGCAGAGGGCCCUCAAAUCGCGAAACGCUGUCCUCAACCAACUGGUUGAGGUGAGUACACACAGUCACCGUUAGUUUGUCCUAGGACAAGAAUGAGGAGGUGGAGGUUGGGCUGUGUGUAGACCACCGGCCCACCUGCUCAGCCUCUGUCAAGUUUGUUGCUCCCCCCCCCACCCCUGUUGUUUUCGUAGCGGUUACGAGAAUGUACCUGCCGAGACUCUUUUUACAGGAGGGCAGCCGCAAUGAUGCGGAGGUCUGCUUGCUGCAGCAAAAACGCGAUGCCCGACGGCGGGAACUGCUCUCCAGCCUGCGUGACGCGGAAUCGCAUGCAGACGAGUUGAUUCGACGUCUGUCUGAGGCCAACGAGGCGGCAUGCAAACGCGAGGCCGAGUGGGAGGCCGAGCAAACGGAGGUGCUGAACCAUAACCUCGCCACUGGUCUGUCUCAGAGCACCCGACUGGCCAUACUUGGUGCGUGCCAGAUGGGCUUACCGCCCAUUUCACCUCUCUUUUUCGUCCUUGUGCAUAUAAAUACGCGGUGGCUCAUCUGUCGUGGUUGACGAUGACCAUCUGCCUUCAAAACGGGUCACGUGGCAGAUGUGCUGGACCAACACGGGGACCAUAUUGGAUUCUGGCAGGCGUUAUCGGAUGGCACACCAUAACAAAUGCCAACAUUUCGGGAUGCGGUGGCAGACCCGAUUGCCGACGCAUAUCGCGCACACUGGGACCCCUGCCACCCCCCAUUGUUGUUGCUGGUCAAAAACCUGGUCAUUUGUUGUGUGGACCAGGGGGUGUGGGGAAUGGAGCGCCAAGGUGCGGGCUAGACCGUGACAUUCAGCUGCGCCCUCUCCCGCCCCCGGUUUUCUUGGCUUUGCCUGGGCAUCGAGUCCAGGUGGGGGGAGGAGAGAGUGCGGUAGAUGCCGUGCAAGUAUACAUUCGCUAUAAAAUAAUUCACGCACAUGUCACCGUCCCUGCUCUCACCUUGCUGUGGAGCACAUGGUGGGCAUCGUCGACAACGACGGUCGAACUGUCUCAUCACAUAUCACACACACAUCUUCACCAUCAAUCUCAUCACUAUCAUUGUCAUUGUUAUCAUAGACACUGGUAGUCUGAACGUCUCAAAAUAUGAGGUCCAUCAUUGUCCCUAGGGCGCUGUGGGGACAUGCGUCUGAAUUUGAUCGACGUACCUACUUCAUUCUGUAUUUCCGGAUCUAUCUCUCCCUCCACUAAGACAACAAAAUCAGGUCAACGGGAUGAGAGUGUGCGCAUAAUGAUUGACAAAAUCAACCAGCCCGCCUGAACGGGUCACACACGACCUCAUUCCCAACUCCCCGCGGAUCCGGUUUCAAGAACAGAGGGACGCAGUAAGGAGGACCCAUUGCGAUCUGACCCUCGUCACUUGGUAGCCUUGCAGGUCACGGACUUUAGCGCGUCAGAUUCAUUUUAGGGAGGUAGAACUCCUGUCAUUUUCGAUGGUGAGAACCAUGGCACGGGGAUUGGCACACGAGUGAUGGGCGGUGCUCUAGUGUGUGCACAUAGCACACAACAGGGCCUUUCGGUGAUUGAAUGUUUGAGGACAGUGUGAACACAAGUGAUGUUGAUAUUUUACUGCUCAUUUUGCGCAUUCCUAUAGGACUGACCAAGCCACCAAGGUAUGCCUGAGUGUGCUUCUGCAGCGUGAGCAUGGAAGGUGGACUUGACUCGUGUUCGUCGGCUCUCCAGCCGUUUCACCAUGAAUUUGCCGAUGUCCGAUCAGACCGAUAUAUUGUUGGCACGUGCGACCACGAUUGAAACAAGUUGUUGCUGUAUCUGCACUGCUGGCCAUGUCACCAUUUCGGUAGUUGCGAAGGUAUUUGGAAACAGAAGACAGGAACCGAAAUGUGCCGGUACAGGGAGAGAGCACGUGAAAGCGGUCUCAUCGAUGAUACUAUUUUGUUUCGUGGGGAGGUGAUUUGGUUGCACUGCAGCUAAUCCGAAGACAGUCAGCAAGACCGAUCCGGACCUUGAAAGUGAGCUAACAGUGGUCCAACAUAUUAGCAGCGUUUUUCUCACGCCUGUUUCUCUACCUUUUCCUCCGCCAUUCGCAACAUCCGCCAGUUGUAUACAAGCGCUCCUUUUGGCCCUUUGUUUAUUUGACAGCACUCGAAGGAGGUCCUGGAGGUGACCCUGCAGCGCGUGUUUGUUCACCUUGCCUGCGAACAACCCUAGCGAAGAGUCACUCCGACAUGUCGUCGUCUGUCAACCUGACAGUGUGACCUCUCUAUUGGAGUUGAGCCUGGUUCAAGGCGGCUUAGGUGCUCAGUCGCUUCGAAAUCCCUUCCUACCACCCCCUUUCUGCUUUUUCUUGCGGACAGCCUGACUGGAAGCUAUCUGGUUUACUCGCUUGGCCUUGACAAGCAGUUCUGGUCUUUACGCUAUCUAAGCACGCUUUCAGAAUGAUAUUCCUGUAAACACAGUGCGUGACCGAUCUCAUGAAAUGUUGGCCGAAAUUCUGGAAUGCGUUUCCGAUUAGGAAGGAUUACUUAAGUGGGGUUUCUAUACUGAUUUUCGUGCAGCAUAACCCUAUAACAUUUCGGACUCGCCAGGAUGUCGGCUUUAGCAUGCACUUCUUUUUAACAUCUUGCAGAAACUACACACGGCAAAAAAUGAUUACUUAAGUAGCAUGCAUUUUCCACGUUGAUUUUCGAUGGUCUCAUAAAUUCAAAUAUAUUUCAUAAAAACAUGGACAAAAAAUGCCUUCUUUUACUCAUUUGGUAGGAAAUCACAUUAUCUUCAUAUUUUAUGUCCGAAGAAAGUGCAUAUUUAGGCCUUAAAAAAGUUUUCAAAUUCGCGAAUAAUUUUCAGCCUUAUCUGCCAUUGCAUCAGCGUUUAGCAAUUUCAGUCUACAAGGUGCAUGCUUUCCGCAUAAGGAAAAUCAUAUAUUCCUCUAUGCCUUUAAGAAGAUACCACAUAGUGUUCAUGAAAUUGUGCAAUGGAUCCGGGCUUUGUUGUCCAUUUCAUGAGGAGCAUUAGUAAAUAGGCAUGUGCGGUCUUGCAUGCAUGGACACCGCACAGUCUUAAAAAUCUCAUAAUUAGAAACUUUUUAAAAACCCAAAUAUACACUUUCUUUGGGCAUAAAAUAUGAAGACAUUGUGAUUUCCUACCGAAUGAGUAAAAGAAAGCUUAUUUUGUGCAUGUCUUCGUAAACUAUAUUUGAAUUUAUGAGACCAUCGAAAAUAAACGUGGAAAAUGCAUGCUACUUAAGCAGCCAUUUUGUACCCAGUGUGGUUUCUGCAGGAGGUCGAAAAGAAGUGCAUUCAAAAGCCGACAUUCUGGCGAGACCGAAACGUUAUAGGGUUAUGCUGCAUGAUAAUCGGUAUAGCAACCCCACUUAACUAAUUCUUCUUAAUCGGAAACGCAUUCCAGAAUUUUGGCCAACAUUUCAUGAGAUCGGCCGUGCACUGUACUCAUCUUGGUCAUCUCUGAGUGAGCCUUGUGACUUACUGAAAACUUGACGCACCCUGGAGAGGAGGGUUGCAAUCUCGAAACUGAUUUUGAUGGUGCUACUCAGAUAAAAUAAUGUGUCUACCCCUACGAGACGGUUACUGUGAGUUCAGUUUAUUCGACAGUUGGCGCUGGUUUGUGCAGGACAACCGUGUUGUGCACGUUGAUUGGUAAUCCGAAGUUGGCGCAUGCGGGAGCGAACGUUUCAGAUAUCAUCACUGUACAGUGGAUGUGCUAUCCCAUGAAGUGUUCACCGAACUUAUAAAAUACGCUCUUGACUCAGAAAUAUUACUUAAGUAGGGUUGUAAUAUUAAUUACCUUACAGCAUAAUAUCAGGCUAUCUCAGUCAUGCCAGCAUGCCGGCUUUUGAACGAGCUUAUUUCCGGCCGCUUGCAAAGACUGCACUUCCUAAAAAAUGACUACUUAAGUAAUGUGACCCCUAUUGAUUCUCGAUAAUCUUAUAAAUCCAAGUGUAUUUUAUGGAAAAGAUGCGUAAAAAUAUCCUUUUAUUCAUUCAUUUGGUAGCGCGUUAAUCUUCGUUAAAUGUUAUGCAUGAAGGGAAAGUAUCUUCCGGUUUUAAAAAAGUUUUUACUUAUGAGACUUUUAUAGAUCGUGAAGUAUUCAUUCGUGAAAUGUCGUUAUGCAGUGUGACCCAAAUCCACUGCAAAAUUUUAUGAACCCCAAUUGUUAUUUCCCUAGUAGCAUAUAGAAAUAUAUGAUUUUCCUCGUACGGAAAAUAUACAGCUUGUAGUUUGGAAACCCUGAAUGCAGGUGUAACAGCAGGUCGGGUUAAAAUUUAUUAGCAAAUUGAAUAGUUUUCUUUUUUAAAAAAACCGAGUUAUACUCUUUCUUUAAAUACGAAAUCUCGUUGUGAUGUAAUUCACUAACAAAUAGAAGAACGAAUUGAAGCCCUGUUUUCUCGUAAUAAACUUGAACGAGGUAAAGGUUUUGCAACAUGCAGGCUUUAAUGCCGUCAUAAAGUGUCGUGACCUACCAGUAAACUCCGUACGGUCAUUGCGUAUUUAUAAGGUAAACUAUUCAAUUAGAGGGCAAUCUAGAGGGAUGAAAGUUGAUAGAUAAAUAAACCACAAACUGGUGACCUGGUAUGCGGCUGCGCAUGGCCGGGGGGAAGGGGGAGGGAAGUUAUCCAAGCAAGCGACGAAGGCUGAAAUUGAAGCAUUGUUUUCCCGGAAUAAAUUUGAAGAAGGCAAAGGCGACGAAACAUGCUGGAACUAUUGGCGUUAUAUAAUUUCCUAACCUCUUAUUCAACUGCCCAAGGUCAUUACGUAUUUGUAAGAUAAGAUAAACUGUUCGACCAGAGAUCGGCCUAGAUGGAUGAAACAUGAUAGGUAAAUAAAACAUCGGCUCUUGGUCUGAUAUACAACUGCGCAUGGCGAGGGCGACGGGGGAGGGAAGGUAUCCGAGCAAGCCAGUUAAUAUUACAGUGAAAACCUGUUGGGCGUGAUUGAAACUGCAACGCGCGGUACAGCAGUCGGCCAGCAGCAUUCUUCAGCCUAAGCCUCCCCUCGUGUCCCCUUUUCUUGCCUAGACUCAAUGCAGGAGACUCUGUGCGCAUCUGAGGCUGUAAUCGCCAGGCAGAACCGGUCUCGCGAGAAUGCCAAGCAGAAACUGCAUACGGAUAAGGUGGACUCCGAGAAAGCCCUUGCCAAGGUCCUUGCCAGUCGAAACUUGGACAAGCUAGACCUGACAGCUCGGGUCGCAGAUGAGGUACCAGUCUUGCAUUGUCCUGUAGGAUGCAGAUGCCCCAAUGUUUUAUCAACCAAACUACCGACCAGAUGUAGAAUCAUAUAAACUGUCAGAUUUUCAGCAGUUUGCCCAUCAUGCCAGAUGAUAACUACUGAGAAGGACAAGGAAGACUGGAAUGACCAUCUCUGGCCAGUCGCACCUGGCCUCGGACCUGGAUAACAUGAAAUUCAUACUGUUGAGUUAAGGAACCCUCACUCCUGUCGGAUAUGUUCAGAGGAGGGAGGGGGGGAGUGAAGUGCUCGAUCUUCCACUUGCAUGCUAGGUUGAAAUAGGAAGAAUCAUGAAGACCGAUGCUGUGCACGUCAUUUCUGCAAUUUGUAGCCGCCUGCAUAGCCCAUGUCCAAGUUUUCGCAAAUAGAGGCUAAAGUUAGAGUUCCAGGUGUACAGUGCGUGACCGAUCUCAUGAAAUACUGGCCGAAAUUGUGGAAUGCGUUUUCGAUUAGGAAGGGUUACGUACGUGGGGUUGUAAUAUUGAUUGAUAUGCAGCAUAAUCCUAUAGCAUCUAGGACUCGCCAGGAUGUCGACUUUUGAAUGCACUUCUUAUUGACCUCCGGCAAAAACCGCACUUGGUAAAAAAUGACUACUUAUGUACCACGCAUUUUUCGCAUUGAUUUUCGGUGGUCUUAUAAAUUCGGAUAUAUUUCAUAGAAAACGUGCGCAAAAAUAUGCUUUCUUCUACUCCUUUGGUAUAAAAUCACAUUGUCUUUAUAUUUAUACCCAAAUAAAGUGUAUAUUUAGGUUUUGAAAAAUUUUCUAAUGAGAUUUUUCGAGAGCCUGCGACGUCCAUUUAUACAGCAUUGUACCUGUCUGUUUACCAAUGAUCCUCAUGAAAUGUACAACACAGUCUGGAUCCAUUGCGAAAUUUCAUGAACUCUAAAUGGUAUCUUUUAAAAAGCAUAGAGAAAUAUAUGAUUUUGCUUAUGCGGAAAGCAUGCACCUUGUAGACUGAAAUCUCUAACCGCUAAUGCAAUGACAGAUCGGGCUCAAACUUAUUCGGGAAUUGGGAAACUUUUCGAAACCUAAAUAUACGCUUUCUUUGGGUGCAAAAUAUGAAGGCAAUGUGAUUUUCUACCAAGGGGGUAAAAGAAAGCAUAUUUUUGUGCAUGCUUUCUGCAAAAUAUAUUUGAAUUUAUAAGACCACCGAAAAUCAAUGCGAAAAAAUGCGUGCUGCAUAAGUAGUCAUUGUUUACCAAGUGCGGUUUUUGCAGGAGGUAAAAAAGAAAUGCAUUCAAAAGCCGACAUCCUGGCGAGUCCUAGAUGCUAUAGGAUUAUGCUGCAUAUUAAUCAAUAUUACAACCCCCGCUAAGUAAUCCCCUCCAAUCGAAAACGCAUUCCACAAUUUCGGCCAAUAUUUCAUGAGAUCGGUCACUCACUGUAUGUAUGAGUAGAUAGGAGGAAAACCAAUCGCGCUGCGGUACCAUUUAUCUUUCUGAGCUUUCAAACUAAUGCAGAAGUCCAUUGCCAGAGAUAAAAGCAGUAACAGAACAGGCCAAAGUUAUAGGGGAUAUAAGCCAAUCAACGACUGGUGCUGCAGGUAACUGUACAGGACUCUGUACGCCAAUGCCAGAUCGAUGCAUUUAAUUGACCCCGGAUCAGAACUUAGUCAAUUAAUUUAUCGAUCUGGUGCCGGCGUACAUAGCUUUAGACAUUCAUCUCCAGACCUGCAGCACUGGUCGUUGAUUGGCUAAUAUUCCGCAUAGCUGUCGCCCGUUCUAUUGCUGCUUUUAUCUCUGACGAUGAACUGCAUUAGUUCAGGAGUUAAGCAAAAUGAACAAAGGGAUCUGCUGCUCGACCAAUCCUCCCUUUUCUUGCUUUUUUCAAUUUUUUGUUUAAGCGCGCAGUCAUCUUAAUCUAUAGGACUCUAAGAGAGUUAAUUAAGCUGAUCGGGCAGAGAAUACACCCGUCAGAUAAAAAAGUAAUCGAAGGGAAGCAAGCAAAUCUUGAUCUCUCUAAUCGUUUGUGUUCUAGGAGGCAGAACAAAAGGAGGCCUUUCGACGGCUACAACAGCUCAGGGAUAUGCAAAGUCAGCGCAUCAUUCAGGAGAUCAGGCUGGUCGAACAAGAACUCUGUCGUCUAACGCAGGCUGAGCAGGAACGGAAGCGGGCCUCCUCCCAGUUGACCGUCUCCACUCUUACCGAGCAGCGCGGCAAACUCCUGCAGCUGCUACAAAGCCUACAGAAGGCCAAAGAGCGUCGGGAGACGGAAUUACAGAACCGUCUGGUGAGGCGGCCUUCCCCUUUUCAGCCAGCAAGCACUGUCUCCCAGACCACAUUUAAUAGCGGAUUUUUUAGUGCGCUUUUAUUUGUGACAAUAAUUGUCCCCCUUCCCGUUAUCCUAGGUGGAGUUAGAAGCACGCAAACUCCGCGACCAGACUGACUACUGGCUUGUGCAAUACCAGAGGCUAAUGGACAAGAAACCGACGGCCCUGCUUAGUGUGAGUUUCAAUCUUUUUUGGUGAGCAUGUGGUGUGUGACAAGUUGGCUUUUCUGUCUUUCAAGUGCUAAGCGCGCGCGGCCGUUCCUCUGCCCUAUAAAUGUCAUAAAUUAUGCCUACUUGCAAGUUUUACGUAGCACUUUCACGCAGCAUUUAAACAGGAGGCCGCUAAUCUGAGCCUCGUCUUUUUAGCCUGUCUGUUGGUGAAGAAUGGAGCCAUGAUUUUAAUAGUCCGUGGGAGGGAUUCGGACAAAAAGCUAGUCCUUAAACAACCAGUGGAGCCACAAAGAUUGGCUUAUACUGUUUCCUUCCUAUUCCUGUACUGUGACUAAGCCUAAGAAUUUAAUAAUUACACAUACACCACCCCUCGGGUUAGAUAAUGGGUCUCCCUGUUAUGCCUUUAUGUUGGGCUUCCAUAUGAAAAAAGCAGACAUUUUCCCGAAAGUAGUUGGAUUUUUACUUUUUUUAAAAAUAUAUUCUGAGUAUCGUUUUAUUUGAAUGACACAGACUGUGAUCGCUGAAACGUUUAGUCUAAAAUCUCUGUAGGAAGGAAAAGUGGACAAUGGCGGAGAAAUCUGUGCCGAAAUAUGGUAGGAAAUUCCUCGACUCCUUAGCCAACUGUGGAUAGCGCCGUGAUUUUCACAGUUGGGUCAAUAGGAGUUAUUCAAAAUCUGCCAAAAUACCUAUUAAUUAAGUGAGUCUGGUAGUCAUCUGGUGGAUUCUAAGUGAAUUACUUAGGAAAUCCUGCUUGGGCAGUCAACUUACUGUAUCAGAUUUGGUGGAUUCCAGACGUUGCAGUAGAUUGGGCAGGUAAACUUGAUCCAAAUGUGAUUAAACUCGAAUCGUCUGGCGGGGCCUCGUAGCUCAAGUGGUUAGAGCGUUGGCUGUACUAAAGCCUUCACAUAUUUGUAUGCCAUUGGACGUUGUAAUGUGAAACCUAGAGUUAAGGUGGUGCCUUUUAUAGCCUAUCAUCCCCAUGCCGUUUAUCACCUUGAACGCUACAUUUUUUUCUAGACUUCGCAACGGUCUAUAGCAUCUCAAAGAUUAUGUACAGUCGAAUAAGAGGUCUUGGGAUUUAAUGUGCCGUUUGAAUUCCACUUUCGUUACAAUUUUCGAUGUGGUCAGGUUUGUUCUGAAUAAAGGAAAAUUAUUUAAAAACAAGAAACCUGUUUUUGCCGAUUAUUUUAAACACUGCACAUUCAUUUCAAAAAGUUCAUAACUUCACCCUAACAUCAUUCCCUCCGAAAGAAGUCCUUGCUGAUUGCUGCGAAGACGUCAGCAGUUUCUUAGAUUGAUUUAGCUUUCCCAGUUUUUCGGUUUUUUACUAGUAACUUAUCCGAAAUUGUUCAUGUCCGGCUCGAAAUUAGCAAAGGGUUCUAUUAACCUCCUGGGCAUAAGCUACAAAGUUGACACGUUCCAAUCCAUAGUUGUGGGAGCAACCUUCAGUCCGUGGCUUCUAGCCCACCCGAAAGUCUAGAAGACAGCUAAGGGAUGCAUACAUGUCCUUUUAGAAUCGGCCCCGGCAGUCACUGAUUCGGGUAAUUUUUAUCCAGCCUUGAUCACUUCCCAUCAACGCUGCAAAUAGGAAGCUUCACUACAAGCAACUGGGUUAUUGAUGAGCAGCGCUUAAUUUCACCGCCUGCUGUACUUUUCCACCCUUUUCUUCUGUGCACAGGAGCAGCUUAUUGAUCCCGAUGUGUACAAGAUCCUUGAAGCCGCCGAUGCCAUGGACUAUGCUGCUAACUUCGAGUACCAUCGCAUCACCUCCGACAUGCUGCUGUCCUUCACUGAUGCUGAUCUGGUUCAGGUACCUUGUUGCCUUAGCUUUCUCUGAGAGUUGCCCUUAUACCGACAUAUUAUGCACAGUAAAUGUGAUAACUCAUUAAAUGUAAUGAGUUAUCACAAAAAAUCCCCAUAACACAAAACCCGCCCACGCUGCUCUCCCCAAAGUAUCAAUGUAGUAAUGAAAGUCACAAUUUGUUUAUAAAUUACUAUCUACUAACAUAAACAUAAGUAACGCUCGUCGAAAUAUUUAAUUUAACAAGCGCAUAAGGAAGCGGGACGCAUAGAAAGGGAAAAAUAAUUAAAAAAUGAUAAAAAAUACCAAAAGCAGUACGUUGCUGACCUCACAUUCCCAUUUAACUCGGCAGAAAGUUUUUCUGACAUGGUGGUAGCCGGGUUGUCUAUAGUGCACUGUUCAUUGUGGUCAUCUUGCACAAAAUCGAACUCUGCUUACACUGAGAAAUUCUUUUUUGCCUUGUCGCCCUCACUUGAUUAGUGCAAAAGGAUUUCCGAUAGGAUUAGGAUCCGGGCUGUUGGUAUGAAUAGCAGCCGGUUGAAGACCGCAUGCGGAGAGACUGGAUGUUGUCUAAAUAGCUAGAUUGUAGUUGCAAUCGUUAUCAAAUUCCUACCUUUUUAGAGCGAUAGGCAGGAGUAGUAUCAAGAAAGAUUAUGGCAUCCACUCGGCACCGGUGGAUGCUGUUGUAGCCGAAGACGUCCUUCACAACAUCGACAAACACCUUGCUGUUGCUGGUGUUCGUAGCCGACCGCCAGAUUAGCCGUUCUCUGAACUCGAUAGCCAUCCGAACCAUCAACCUUUGACAGUUCUUGGUGGUUGCAUCCGACGCUGUGCGCUCUCUUAAAAUUUUAUUCUUACACACGACCAUCUGGGUCGACUUCAUGGACUUUCUAAAGAUAAGACCUCUAUGGGGGGGGGGGGAGGAGGCGUAAAUACUCUUCCAAGAUGAGGGCCUGUAAUCAAUAUAACUCUUUGCAAGUGAAAAAUGUUCUUUAGUUAGCCUUCUGAUUAAAAAUGGCUUGAUCAUGACGUUUUACUCGUGAAGUUCAAAUUCCUGCAUCCUUUUCCUUGUCGGAUCUUAUUUCGUAGCCGCACCUGCAUUAAACAUGCCUCAGCCGUCUGUCAUACGAGAUCGGUGGUAAUAGGGUUUGACACUAACCCCUAACCCCAACUCAAUCCCCUACUACUAACCCCCAACCCCAACCCCUAACAGUAACCUCUGGCUCAUAACACUAACACCUUGCCCUAACCCUUAGCCCCUAACCCUAACUCCUGACAGGCGCGGCUGCGAAAUAAGACCUCACCCAUGCCCAUUCUAAAGUGAGUAAUUACCCAAUCAACCCCAAAAAAUGACAGAAGUUAAAUUACCGCACACGGUAGAGACAGUAAUAUAAUCCCUAAUUCGUAGUCCAGGAGCAUAGCAUUCUGAAGCCAAGCUUUAUUGUGACAGAGGGCGCAGCUGAUGCAUGCAAGACUGCUUGGCGCCUAGUAGAAAACUAGCUGCGUUCUCUGCCGAUCGUAUUCACGAUCAGAAGGCCACCGGCUGGGUCUUCAUCCAUCUAUCUAUUUAUACUACCUAAUUAGUCGAUUUAGGACCUGGUUGAUGGUUGUUUAUAAGCGAACAGAAUCAGUGUACUUCUGAGGCGCUAAUCAGGCCAGUAUAUGCCCAGUUCGGAUCUUAUUUCGUAGCCGCGCUUGCAGUAGACAUGGCUAGGCCGUCUGUCAUACGGGACCGACGGUAGUAGGGGGCUUAACACUAACUACCAACCCUAACCCCUAACACUAAUCCCCUAACCCUAACCCCUAGCGUUUUUGGCUACGAAAUAGGAUUUAACCUCAUUUUUCACCGACACAGUAGGGGGCAGAUGGGGGUCGGAUCAUUUUAUUCUACAGUGGAUGCAAAUGGUCUUAAGGAAGUGAUUUAAAAUAAGAAUAAAGAUGCCCAAACAGUUUCUACCUGCAGUCGACUAUGAGCGGAUACAGAAAUUUGCGGAGGAAUGGUUGUCGUGUGAGCUGUUACUAAGUAUUUUCAAUAUUAGUAAGGUCAGUCUAAGGCGGAUUACCACUGUUAGAACGGCGCUCAGAGAUAAGCGGGGAAAACUAAAACGGUCCACCAGUGGACAGAACCAUGAAUUUACUUGUUGUGCACUAACAAAGUUUCAAAAUAUGCGAACUGAGACCAUACACGGGGAGCAUCUACCGAAGUUCUUUAUGAACAUGAUUAGGAAAAGGGUACGACCAUAUUCUGUAGCUGCACCUGUUAGGGUUAGUAGUUAGGAGUUAGUGUUAAACCCCCUAUUACCACCGGUCCCGUAUGAUAGGCGGCUAGGGCGUGUUUACUGCAGGUACGACUACGAAAUAAUAUCCGACUAAAAAUGAAAAAUGGGUUGUUUAUAUUCGACUACUUUACGUCCUAAAUUGAUCAUAUCUAUGUUUUAUGCAAACGCGUUUGCUCAAAUUCUGUCAUCCUCGUUUUCUAGAUCGGCGUCCACGCUUUGGGCGCGCGAAAGUCCAUUUUACGCGCUCUAGAGGAGUAUAUUGCUACACAUGUACGUUCGCCAUUUCUCACUUCACGUAAAAUUCAGAUUAAUCUUUAUGCACUGUCGUUUACUGAUGUUGGAUCUGGCGACAUUUUUGCUAUGAGGCAGUUAAUUUAUUUGACUGACAUCCACAAACCGCGCCCUGUUUAACUAUUCAGCCUUUAUGAUCCCUCCAAUUUCGUCUCCUCAGUCAUUUCUGACGUUUCAUUUUUGUGUGCUAUAGAAGCUGGAACUUCCUGAGCCCAGUGCGCCACCAAUGGAUCUCCCCUCGGCACCCCCUCCUCCUGUCUCGAAAGCCGCCGAAUUUGGGGAGGACGAGCGACUGCCACAGCCCUCAGCCCCGCCUCUUCCUCCAAUCAUGGCCAGAUUCGAAAGCGAGUGUUGUGUGUGUCAGGAGCGUGGGGUACGUCUACUAAGGCCUCUCCGCCAUGACAGUCCUCAUAAGUAGCACUCCAAACCGACGGCUUAAAUAAUUUUAUGGGGCCAAAGAAGAUUGGUGCUAACCUCUUUCCACUGUAUAAAGGCAAGUGGGAAGUUAGUAGAGUGAGCUUUGAGGCACAGUUGCCUAUAGGCAGAAUGGUGUUACCGACAAAGACAAGGGAGACUGGAAUGGCCAUUUCUGGCUUAUUAGCCGUCGUCAGCCAGUCAUACCCUAGCACGAAGUGUGGAACACCCGAGGCUCGGACUCGAGAGAGAGCCCGUAAGGCACAAUGGAACGAGUGAGUUCCGUAAAAAUGAUCGGUGAGCGCCCCCUAUCAUUUUCUAUUCCCGAUCGAAACCGACAGGGCAACGGCCUCGUGACCCAGUGGUUAGAGGCGUGGAGUUCUAACUAACAGGUCGCGAGUUCGAGCCUCGGAUGUUCCACACUUCGGGGUUGGUUAUGACUGACUAACGACGGCUAAUAAGCCAGAAAUGGCCAUUCCAGUCUGCCUUGUCUUUGUCGGUAAUACCAUUCUGCCUAUAUCGUUCGCCGCUGUGCGGCUGCUGGUUGAGAUAGACAUAGAGCUUGUAAGGCACAACGGAACGAGUGAGUUCCGUAAGAACGAUCGGUGAGCGCCCCCUUACCAGAGUUGCCUAUUUUGGUCACUGGCCCGAUCUCUAUCCAUUCUCACAUUGGCGCACGCUCAUUCUCAACGGGAAUUAAACAUCAGGCCGUAUACAGCCUCAUUAUCAACCCAGCCGACUGUAGCUAGUGUCGGCUGGCAUUGUCACUGUAGGCUCGCCAAUCCGGAGUAUUUUCAGUCAAGCACACCCGGCUAGCGUUCGGGGCCAUUUGGAAGUAUAGCGCUUAACACAAGGGUACGUAAAGAGGAGAGGUUCACCGGACCAUUACUUAAGCUCUGAAUGCACAAAAUCGAACAAAAAUGUAAAUGGCAUAUCGUGUCAGCAGGCCUCAGGCUGAUCGAUUUUUUUUACCAACUGUUGGAGCGCGAUCACACUACCACAAACCAUUUCUAUAACCAACUACUCAGUAAUCACUAUAUUGGGGUGUUCGGAAAUAAAUCGCGUUUUGUUCACUCCUAUGAAAUAUGGGUCAGCCAACUGUUGUAUCCCUAAUGGACGUUUUGUUUCGUCCUUUGUCACCCCAUUCCUAAAUGACAUGUGCGUUUCCAGUCCAGUCACGCCCCCGCAUGCCAUGUCUCAUUGGGUGAUUGAAUUCUGAGUGACCACUGUUUAGUUAAUGAUUGAGCAGUGACUUGCCACUUAUAAACAUUUCAUUGCUUGUUUUUGCCAGUCGUCAUCACUUCCAUUCGACUAUGCGUGAUUCCCCAUAGAGGACAAGGGCUUCUUAAACCAACACAUUCACCAGUGCUUGCUGUAUGAGUUUCGUAGAAAAAAAGUAGUAUUACAGAGGCAGGGAAAAACACUUGUGAAGUGUAUCCUGAUUCAGUUAGAGCUCUUUUAGGUAGGCUGUGGUUACAAAAUUUUAAAAAUGGCGAUUGUGAAAUGUCAGACAAGCCUCGUCCUGGAAGGCAGCUCACUGAAUCAUGGCUUUCUGAAUGAGACUAUUUAAUGCGAUUCACGUCAAAACACCAGGAAUUUGUCGCAAACAUUUAAAUUGUCGUGUCCAACUAUUCUUGAACACCUCAGGCGUAUUGGAAAACAUGCCAAGAGUUAAUUUGGGCUCCACAUGUGCUUACCCCAGGAAGGGUUAAUGUCGUCAGGAUGGUAGGUCCGUCCACAUCCUCCUUGACUUAGCAGCUAUGCAUUUCCAUCUAUUCCGAUCACCAGAAAACUUUGUAGAAGGCAAAACGCUCAAAAAUAAAGAGGAAGUUGAAAGCAGUCUUCGGACUUUUUUUCCCAGUAAAGAGGCUAAUUUCUUUGGACGUGGUCUUUUCAUUGGGCUGCUGUCAAUGAAAAUGACAGUAUUGCAUCCCGGGUUAAAUCCAUUCAGACAAAUUUUGUUCACAUUCGUUUUUAUAACCUUCUGGUAAAACGCAAUCACCUUUCGAACACUAGUAUAUUACAAAUAUGCAGUUCGUCACGCCCGCUCAGCUUUCACAUCUCAUCCUCUGUCUGCUCAGACCUUUAUUAUUGUUUAUAAACGUGAGAGAAAUGGCCAAAAGUGUCGAACUUUUCCUUUCCCUCAGCGUGCAAAGUACACAGAGGUCCGUCAAAAAGUGCAGUAUUAAAGCACUUCUUAAGGAGGCAACUUAUAAGAGAAAUUUUUCUAAUUGAUUAAAGACAUAUUCGUUCCCGACUUUCGUUGUGGACGGUCACUGUAUUCGAAAAUGAAGUUUCAUGUUUAAAUUAGUCUUCAAAUGUGAGCCAAACGACCAUCUUCGUGAAAAGGAGCGCGUAAAGACACACUAGUUCGGUAAAUUCCUUCAAGAAUUACCCUAUUUUAAAGUUUUCAACAGACAGGUAAUUCAGAAUCUGUCUUUGUGGACGAUCGGGUGAAAGCACUGAAAAUCAUGAAGUAUUCAACAAUAUUUCAAGGCCGAUCUGAAACUCAACGUAAUCCAAAACGAACGAAAAGUGUAGAUUAACGGAAGAAAAUUUCUCUCUAUAAACACAGAGUGGUGUGUUUACGAUCACGCAUGCCAAUUCUAUUUACCGAUCGGCUUGGCAGCAUGUGACCUUUUAAAAAUCUUUGCUCCUACGACGUUCCUCUUGGGGAACUCAAUCAAACUCCCGUUUCUCUUGUUAAGCCGCAUCUCGUUCAACCACGAAUCCUUCGAAAACUGUUUUGGAAUCUAUAAUCAGAAUGUAGGCUCUUGACAAGCCGCCAUAUAUGAAAUUACACUAGUUCUUAAAGAAUAUUUAGAAGCAAACUUCACUAAAACACUAUUUUUAAACGUUAAUUUACUUGUACUUUCAUAUUUGCUUUGUUUUUUUGCAUGAGAAGACAUUCUUUACACCUAAAACGAAGUUUACUAAAUUGCAGCCAUUUUCGAAGUUCUCGGGAUUUCUCGUUUUUCUGAUAAAACGGCACUUCGAAGCAACACAACACUGCCUUUAGCAUUUCUUUCUUUUUUUAAUUCUGUCAAAGUUGUUCUUAAUUAAAAGGCAUAUUUGAUCCAUAAAUUCCAGAUCAGAUCAGAUUUAUUCAGGGAAAGGUAGGCGAGCACCUUUGAACUCCCUUUUUGUUACAAGAACCUCAUAAAAACAAUGUGUAAGGCAAGUGCCAAGCAAAAUUAGGUAAGUGAUUACAUACAACAAGCAUUGGUUACUGGUAUAAAUUUGUCUGUGAAUGCCUUCUAUUUCAAAAUUGUACAAUAACCAGUACGCGGUACUGAAUAGACCACGCAAUAUCAUUACAAGCGUAUAUGCUUCGGUUGGGAAAUAAAAGCCACAAAGUAAUGUUACUUACAAAUAGGGAGUAGCAUGUUUUGUAACGUGAAAUCUUGGGGCGGGUGGCACAGGGGGAGGGGGAAAUUUGUCGGUUUGCGAGUGAUUAGCAAUCAUUCGUACAUUUCGGCACCUUUCAUGAGUUAGGUCACUUACUGUACUUCGGCUGAAUUUUGCUAACUUCGCCGUGAGCCCUCGGACGCAGGCGUGCAGGAAAAUUUCUACCACAUGUAUUCUUGACCAUUUCUUCUCAGCUUUUUCCUUGUCACUGGAGGCGCCCGCUGUCUUCUCCUUUGUAGUGUUCCAUCAUCUUCCUGCCCUGCGGUCACGUGUGCUGCUGCGACACAUGUGCUGGUCGGUUGGGUCAGUGUCCGCUCUGUCGAUGCGCGGUGGAACAGUGCGUGCAGCUUACCUCGGAAUACCCUGCCUAA